AUUUCAUUCACCACUGAUAAUCAAUGCGAAAACGUCACACGAACGGUGACAGCUGAUCAAUUCUUGAUACAUUUCGAUCAUAAAGCUAUUUUUAUGCUCUCAUUACCACUCUUACCUGGAGAUGUUGAUGUCUACAAAACAUGUGUUAGACAGCGCAAUCCGGCGUUAAACGUUGAUUUGAAACCAUUGGACGAUGUUCGCACGUUUUUCACAACUGAACAUCCACCGCGAGAGCAUUAUCUUCCACUGCCUAUCCAAGUCUCGAUUAUCGCAUGUCUCUUAGUUUUGUCAGCACUCUUCUCAGGUCUCACACUUGGCCUCAUGUCGCUGACACCAAUGGAACUUGAACUGGUGGAAAAGUCAGGUUCCCCAACCGAACAAAGUUACGCUUCGGCUAUUCUUCCGGUUCGUCGAAAGGGUAAUUUGUUACUGUGUGCACUACUGCUUGGUAAUGUGAUCGUAAACUCGGCCAUUUCAAUUCUUUUCGGUGAUCUAACCAGUGGAUUUCUCGCACUGUUCAUUUCAUCAGCUGGAAUCGUGGUCUUUGGAGAGAUUAUACCACAAAGUAUUUGCGUUAAGAAGGGAUUAGCCAUCGGUGCGAAUACAAUUCUUAUCACACGUCUCUUCAUUUUGAUGACAUUCCCACUCGCAUGGCCAAUCAGCAAAUUGUUGGACUAUCUUUUGGGCGAUGAAUAUGUUGCGUACGAUCGGAAGCGGUUAAUGGAAUUGAUAAAGUUGUCGGUGCGUGAUGAUACAAGUGGACUUGCGGAUGAACUGAAAAUAGCAGUUGGUGCGAUGGAAAUCGCCGAUAAGGUUGUAAAGGAUGUCAUGACAAAAAUCACUGACGUUUUUAUGCUUCCCGAUACAACGGUGCUCAACACAAAGAAUAUCGCCGAAAUUGUGCGAAUGGGCUACACGCGAAUACCAGUGUAUGCGCACGGUCAUAAGAACACGGUCACCGAUAUUCUGUUCGUCAAGGAUUUAGCGCUGAUUGAUCCGGAUGAUAAUUUUACGAUUAAAACAGUUUGCGGCUAUCAUAAACAUCCGGUGAAAUUCGUUGAUAGCGAUGCACCGUUGCGCGGUGUUCUCGAAGAAUUCAAAAAGGGAGAUGCACACUUAGCGAUGGUGAGACAGUUGGCACCAGAUUCUGGUGGUGAUCCAUUGUACGAAUUGGUUGGUAUUGUUACGUUGGAGGAUAUCGUUGAAGAGAUUCUACAGGCUGAAAUUGUUGAUGAAUUUGACGUCAUUACCGAUAAUGUUAAUCGUAUCAAGAGGAUCAAUUAUCAGAAUCGAGACCUAUCGAAAUUUUUCGAGAAAGAAACGGCAGAAACGCAAAUUUCCAUGCAGAUUCAGCUGGUCGCUGAACAGUGGCUGGUUGCGAACGAGCCAGCGUUCGAUGAGAGUCUCAUCGAUCGUGGUGUUCUGCAGAGAUUGAUUCGAACUUGCGCCCGUCACGUGGACGUUUCAUCGUUGAUGGCUUUAUCAGGUGGUGAACCAGUUGUCGUACCUCGAAUUGCAAAAUUCUACACCAAAGGUGAAUUAAGUGAUCGAUUCAUCUUGAUACUUGAAGGCCGCGCGACUGUAACUAUAGGAAAGGGAGAGCUGAAUUUUGAAGCGGGUCCGUGGCAUUCUUUCGGAGGUGAAGUUAUGAAAAAAUUACUGGCCAAUGCAAAGAACUUAGCGAGAAGCUCAUCAAUUGCAGAUGCAGGUGAGUUGAAUGCAAUAAGGCGUCCGGACUUGGCGUUCGUGCCCGACUAUUCAAUCACCGUUCCUGAUGAAUGCACCUUUCUUGAGAUCACCACAACCACCUAUAUAAACGCCUAUAGAGCAACACUGAUGCAACGAGAAAUCGGGUAUGAGACAUUGGGAGUGCCGAUGGAAGUGCCGUGUUUAUUGGAUGAUCAAACUGAAGGCGAGUUGAAUGACGAGAGUGGACGUCCCACAGAAUUGGAAACAAUACCACUCGAAAAUAUUGAUUCGUCCCCAAUAGCACCUCAAUCACCGCACGAUGCUGCAUCUCCGUUAAGUCGACGGUCAAAGAGCGAAUCUGACGGAGAGGAGGUAUGA